AUGGGCACUUCUUUGACGCUGGCCCUGCCAGAAGAGCCGCAGCUGCUUGUGCCGCGGGACAGCACGGAGCAGAAGAACUUGCGCAGCAGGGACUUGGCGUUGAAGGUUACCAGCUCGAACCCCGAGGAGGAGACCUGCUGCAUUUGCCUGGAAGGGCAUUCCACUGUUCAGCUCCCAUGCAGCCACAGGUAUCAUGAGGAAUGCCUUGACCAAUGGCUACAGCGAAGGCCAACAUGUCCCACGUGCGGACAGCGGUACGGCGAUCGGACAGGGAACAUGCCUGAUGGUCACAUGCGCUGGGGCUGGCUGAACCGAUCACUGUCGGGCCACCGCUGCCGAACAAUUCUACUGCAUUUCUACUUUCAAACUGGAAGCUUGGGUGGACGCAUUUACGAUGGACGCUCCCUGCAUGCUUUUUUGCCAGAUGACGAGCAGGGUCGACAUCUUCUGGCUCUUUUUCAGCUGGCUUUUCGGAGGAGGCUCAUGUUUAGCUUGAGCCAAUCAAGCACGACGGGCCGACUGCGUCCGGCUUUUGCAAUCCACCUGAAGACAUCGAUGGCCGGAGGCCCCACAAGGCACGGUUACCCUGACCCGGGCUACUAUGCCUCCGCUGUGGAGGAGCUCCGCAGUGUAGGCGUGCAUCUGGACGAGGCUCUGCCCAUCGCCAUGCAGUUGGAGUCCUCAAUGGUUAAGCGGAAGCGUGUCAGCGCGCUGCUAGAGGACGUGGUCCAGUGCAGCUGCCGCGCUGCUAUCAUUUGUACACCGCAGGGCUUCGACGGACUGGUUUCCUUCUUAGCGCUUGUGUACAUCCUUGUCAUCCCACCCAGAAUUUCCUGCCUUCAUUUCCUCAAUCUCUUCUGCAUUUUUGCGUUUGGGAUGUUUUGCCACUUCAUGAGCGAUGAUGCGGGCACGAUCAUGAACCUGCUGGGUGUGGUGUACUCGGUCGUGCGAGGCUUUUCCAAGGGGCCUAUCUCCGACCUCUGCGAGGAGAUUUCUGCAUUGGCUAGGAGGUCUGUGAACCAGCACUCCGAAGCUUGGUGCACAUUAGGAAGCUGUGACAAUUUGCCUUCUGCUGCGAUCCAGCUGUGGGUGGACAUUCCCAGUGUUAUUGAGAGCGCGCCCCGGCGAGCAGCCCGUCGGCCGGCAUCGGAGGUUCUUGACCCCAUUCGAGAUCAGGAUUGGCCUUUGUACAGUUCUUGUCCUUCACUGCAGGGUCGCGAUGAUGCUGCAGAUCUUUUCCGUGCAUUGGUCAAGCCGCUACGGCCCCCACUGGGCGAUGCAAUCGGCAGAAUCAUGCACGAGAUGUUGCAGAACGAGCUGCGUUACUCGGAAGAUUAUGUGGUGUUCUACCACAGCUUUUCGAGUUCAUGCCUUCUGUAUGAAGUGCAGACCGCACUUGCUGCUUGCAUUCUGAACUAUCCCAUUGACGGGCCUCCUGUGAUGCGACUUCGGCGGCAACCGUACAACAACAUCAGGUGCCUGCACAAUCUGCUACACAUCUGGGAAAGCAGCCUGAAUGACCAGACGGCUGAAUUCCAGGCGGUUGCAAUUUCCGCCUUCAAUUCAUGCUUCGCCUCGGGUGGACUUUCGCAGAACAUGCUUCAAGCUUGGCUGCUUCGGGGUUUUCCCAGCAAAAUCUCCGCCAGCACCAUGCAGCGCAUGUUGAAGGACAUGCUGCUAGCAGCAGGAGUUUGCAGUGGCCGAAUACAGGGACUGGAUGCUCUCGUCAAAUCCGUCAUUGCGCUAGGCCGGAAGUAUGGGCUCCACGUGCCUAGCUGGCAAGUAUUUCAGCAGCCGGAGAACCCUGGGCAUUUGCUGCAGAUCUUUGUUCAUCUGUCUGUGGUGGAUGCGCUCUCGUAUGGAAGCAAAGAGCGAGGGCAACUGGACAAUGGUGGCAUCCCCCUCUCCAGGUGGCUCUUGCAGCGGUGUCCGGCCGACGGGCACUCGCGCUUGCUGACACAUCCAGACGUCUUCCUGGACAUGGAUCGAGGCCUAGCCCACAGCUUCGUUUUUUCUGCGGGGCCCAGCUACUGCCGCUCACAGCGGGGGGCUCUGCUCCGCGAGCUGCGGGACCUCCUUCAGCCCCACAUUCAGGACCUGCGUGCCUCGCGCAUGUCCCUGGGCUACGAGCUACGCACUGCGGAGCCGGCUCCGGAUUUGGAGUCUGAGGGCGUAAUCUACAGCAUCUAG